UAACAAUUAGUUGGAAACCCCAAUUGGUGAGAGAACACCUAACCAUCCUCAAUUUGUUGCAGAGAGGGAGAGCAGCAAGGGUUUCUGAUUGUAGUCUUCCAUGGCCAACACCAAUCUUCCUCGCCGUAUAAUCAAGGAGACGCAGAGGCUCCUCAGCGACCCAGCUCCUGGCAUCAGUGCAUCACCUUCUGAAGACAAUAUGCGAUAUUUCAAUGUGAUGAUUCUUGGGCCUACUCAGUCUCCAUAUGAAGGAGGAGUCUUCAAGUUGGAGUUAUUUCUGCCAGAAGAAUAUCCAAUGGCAGCCCCAAAGGUUCGCUUUCUUACGAAGAUUUACCACCCAAAUAUUGACAAGCUUGGCCGCAUUUGUCUAGAUAUCCUCAAAGACAAAUGGAGUCCUGCACUGCAGAUCAGGACCGUGCUGCUGAGCAUACAGGCAUUGCUGAGUGCUCCAAACCCAGAUGAUCCACUCUCUGACAACAUUGCAAAGCAUUGGAAGGCAAAUGAAGCUGAAGCGGUGGAAACAGCAAAAGAAUGGACCCGCUUAUAUGCUAGUGGCACUUGAUGAUGUUGCAAACAGCUAUUGUAGCAAAUAAUGUGAUACUCUUUGUAAGUUGCGUGGCUGUUUGUUCCUUGGAAAUCGAAUUGAUGUCCUCUGAAACAACUAAGGUCAAAGUUUAGCUAAGUUCCUAUCAUAUGCUGCUUACUCCAUUCUCUCUACUGGAGUUUAUUUAACAUUGUGUAUUCUAAAGUUUGGUCCUUUUUGAUCCAAAUGUGAAAUUUAUGCGCUUUCUUGUUCCUCCUGAUUGUUGGGUAUGAUACACUUACUAAAAGAUUAGUGAAGUAUGGUUGUUUAAC